UCAGCAGGCCCAGGAGGGCCUCCUGGGUGGGGGGCGGGACGUCGGGUCCCUAGGGGCUGGUGGCCACUCAGGGUGGGGCGUGUCGCCCCUCCCCCGUCCACCUGCUCUACUCUUCCCCCGCGUGCCCUGGGCUGACCCUUGUCCCCUCCUCUCCCCGCCCCCGGUGGCAGUGGCGGCUGCUGUUGUCACCCACCGGGCCUCCUGUCCCGCUUGCCCUCCCCGCCGCGGGGCCGGCCGGGCCAGAGACAGGCGGUCGCCUUUUCAGCGCCGCCACCGCCGCCAUGCUGGCCGCUCGCCCACCCCACUGGGGGCCCCACCGCGCCCCAGCCCCCCGUGGGCCCCGCGCCAGCCCUGACCCGGGUAGGGGGUGGGGGCUGGGAGAGAUGAUCCUGGUGUGGGAGGGCCCCGGAGAAGAGGUGGUUUUGGGGGGAAGCUCCAAGGGUGGAGGAGUCGUGGAGUGGCAAGGCAUGGAAUAGGAGAAAGGGAUUUGACAUGGGGGAGAGAGUGGCCCAUGGGGAGAAGAUUUUUGCUGUAGCUGACAACUCUGGGAAGAGAGAACCCUAUGUGAUAACUUGGGGAUUUGACUUUGAGGCCCUCUAGGAGUGGACACAGUUGUGGAAUGACCCUGGUAUAAAGAGGGGUGCCUGGAGAAAGGUCUCAGCGGCGGUGGCAGCCGAGGUGCAGGAUGCAAGAAGGCGCCCCCCGGCCGGGCUCCCGCUCCAGGCCUCGCUCCCCUGCGGCCCUCUGAGCCCACCAUGGCCGUCCCACCGGGCCAUGGUCCCUUCUCUGGCUUCCCAGGGCCCCAGGAGCACACGCAGGUAUUGCCUGAUGUGCGGCUACUGCCUCGGAGGCUGCCCCUGGCCUUCCGGGAUGCAACCUCAGCCCCGCUGCGUAAGCUCUCUGUGGACCUCAUCAAGACCUACAAGCACAUCAAUGAGGUAUACUAUGCGAAGAAGAAGCGGCGGGCCCAGCAGGCGCCACCCCAGGAUUCGAGCAACAAGAAGGAGAAGAAGGUCCUGAACCAUGGUUAUGAUGACGACAACCAUGACUACAUCGUGCGCAGUGGCGAGCGCUGGCUGGAGCGCUACGAAAUUGACUCGCUCAUUGGCAAAGGCUCCUUUGGCCAGGUGGUGAAAGCCUAUGAUCAUCAGACCCAGGAGCUUGUGGCCAUCAAGAUCAUCAAGAACAAAAAGGCUUUCCUGAACCAGGCCCAGAUUGAGCUGCGGCUGCUAGAGCUGAUGAACCAGCAUGACACGGAGAUGAAGUACUAUAUAGUACACCUGAAGCGGCACUUCAUGUUCCGGAACCACCUGUGCCUGGUGUUUGAGCUGCUGUCCUACAACCUGUACGACCUCCUGCGCAACACCCACUUCCGCGGCGUCUCGCUGAACCUGACCCGGAAGCUGGCGCAGCAGCUCUGCACGGCACUGCUCUUUCUGGCCACGCCUGAGCUCAGCAUCAUUCACUGCGACCUCAAGCCCGAAAACAUCUUGCUGUGCAACCCCAAACGCAGCGCCAUCAAGAUUGUGGACUUCGGCAGCUCCUGCCAGCUUGGCCAGAGGAUCUACCAGUAUAUCCAGAGCCGCUUCUACCGCUCACCUGAGGUGCUCCUGGGCACACCCUACGACCUGGCCAUUGACAUGUGGUCCCUGGGCUGCAUCCUUGUGGAGAUGCACACCGGAGAGCCCCUCUUCAGUGGCUCCAAUGAGGUCGACCAGAUGAACCGCAUUGUGGAGGUGCUGGGCAUCCCACCGGCUGCCAUGCUGGACCAGGCGCCCAAGGCUCGCAAGUACUUUGAACGGCUGCCUGGGGGUGGCUGGACCCUACGAAGGACGAAAGAACUCAGGAAGGAUUACCAGGGCCCCGGGACACGGCGGCUGCAGGAGGACCUGGUGCUGCGCAUGCUGGAGUAUGAGCCCGCCGCCCGCAUCAGCCCCCUGGGGGCUCUGCAGCACGGCUUCUUCCGCCGCACGGCCGACGAGGCCACCAACACGGGCCCGGCAGGCAGCAGUGCCUCCACCUCGCCCGCGCCCCUCGACACCUGCCCCUCUUCCAGCACCGCCAGCUCCAUCUCCAGUUCUGGAGGCUCCAGUGGCUCCUCCAGUGACAACCGGACCUACCGCUACAGCAACCGAUAUUGUGGGGGCCCUGGGCCCCCUAUCACAGACUGUGAGAUGAACAGCCCCCAGGUCCCACCCUCCCAGCCGCUGCGGCCCUGGGCAGGGGGUGAUGUGCCCCACAAGACACAUCAAGCCCCUGCCUCUGCCUCGUCACUGCCUGGGACCGGGGCCCAGUUACCCCCCCAGCCCCGAUACCUUGGUCGUCCCCCAUCACCAACCUCACCACCACCCCCGGAGCUGAUGGAUGUGAGCCUGGUGGGCGGCCCUGCUGACUGCUCCCCACCUCACCCAGCGCCUGCCCCCCAGCACCCGGCUGCCUCAGCCCUCCGGACUCGGAUGACUGGAGGUCGUCCACCCCUCCCGCCUCCUGAUGACCCUGCCACUCUGGGGCCUCACCUGGGCCUCCGUGGUGUACCCCAGAGCACAGCAGCCAGCUCGUGACCCUGCCCCCUCCCUGGGGCCCCUCCUGAAGCCAUACCCUCCCCCAUCUGGGGGCCCUGGGCUCCCAUCCUCAUCUCUCUCCUUGACUGGAAUUGCUGCUACCCAGCUGGGGUGGGUGAGGCCUGCACUGAUUGGGGCCUGGGGCAGGGGGGUCAAGGAGAGGGUUUUGGCCGCUCCCUCCCCACUAAGGACUGGACCCUUGGGCCCCUCUCCCCCUUUUUUUCUAUUUAUUGUACCAAAGACAGUGGUGGUCCGGUGGAGGGAAGACCCCCCCUCACCCCAGGACCCUAGGAGGGGGUGGGGGCAGGUAGGGGGAGAUGGCCUUGCUCCUCCUCGCUGUACCCCCAGUAAAGAGCUUUCUCACA